AUGGCCCUUGCCAAAAAGCUCAACAUCCCAGAUGACUCGCCAUUGCGCAAGGCUGAUGAUAUCCCUUUGCCAUUCCCUCCCCCUCCUCCUCCAAGUCAUCCUGAAGAAGAAUCUGAAUCUGAGUCUGAAGAUGUGGAAGGGGGCGAUGAUGAGGGUUUAAUAAGAAAAUCCAAGGAGGCUGUUGGGGCUAAGUCUCCUUCUCUGAAUGAGCAGGUCCUGGACCUGACUCAAGAUAAUGAUGGCGAUGAAGUUAUCAAGGAGGCUACCCCGGAGCAGGGUUCAUCCGACAUUCCUCAAAUCGGCAAGAGCGUUGAUGAAACCCUUGCCGAGAUCGACGCCGAGAUUGCUGCAGAUGAGGAAGCCGAGAUGUCUCGUCCAAGGCCUCCCUCCAAGGGUUUGGCCUCAUCCUCCAGUAAACCUAAUCAACUUAUUGUUCCUCCUCCUUUGGAGUCAAUCACCCAAUCUCAGUCACUUGAAAUGGUUAACCGUUACCAAACUCUUGGUAACAUUCAUCGUCCUGAUUAUUCAUCUACAUUAGCUUCUGAUCCUUUUGCAUCUAGCCAUUCAGUUUCAGUUACUUCAUUCCCAGUUAACCCCAUUAAACCAUCCCGAUCUGAAAUUCUUGAAAUUGUUCAAGAGGAAUUCCCACCUGAUCAAUAUGCUCCAACUCCUGCUCUUGCUAAAGCUCAGCAGAACCCAACUACUGCAAUUUCUCAAGGAAGUCAACCCAGUCUUCCUCCAGUCAACCUUGGAAGCCCCUCAUCCAGUGGUCCCAAGCCCAAGUCAAAAGCUGUUGCUACCCAGCCAGCCCAGUCAAAGCCUAAAUCAAAGUCCAAAGUAAAGGCAAAGCCCAUUUCAACUCCUGCUCAGCCCAAAGUCAAGUCCAAGAGUAAAUCCAAGUCAUCCAAAGAAGAUAUGAUCCAGUUAGCCCAUCAACUUUUGAAUCAAGCUAAAACCCAAUCCACCGAUUCAGACAGUUCAGAAGAAGGUUCAGAACAUGCCCACUCCUCUGAAGAAUCAACUAAUCAAUGUUCAGGGCCUGAGUUUCAAGAUGCCCAAGACCCAUUUGCAUAA